ACUGCGGGGCGGGCUGGUGAGUGACGUUCCUUCUCCGGAGUUGGGGUUUCCGCCCUCCCCCAGGACGCUGGUGCCUCGGAGAACGCCGCGCGUGAGUCCCCUCCAGCGCGCCCGCCCCUCCUGUCACCCCGAGUGAGUGACCCCCGCAAGGCUGCUUCCGAGUUUCAUCAUGACCCCUUGUGGUCUUCUCACCAACUCCGAACAGCCAGUGCCUCUUAAGAGCAUCUCUGUGGAUGUGUCUGUCCAUGAGUUCGUGGCAGAUGUUUCUGCAACCCUGGACUACAAGAAUGAGGAAAAAGAACCCGUGGAAGCAUUCUUUGUCUUUCCUAUGGAUGAAGACUCUGCUGUUUAUAGCUUCCAGGCACAGGUGGAUGGGAAGAGUAUAGUGGCAGAAAUACAAGAGAAGAAGCAGGCCCAGGAGAAUUAUGAGAAUGCUAUCUCCCAAGGCCAGGAAGCCUUCCUUCUGGAGCAGGAUAGCAGCUCUGGUGACAUCUUUAGCUGCAGUAUAGGAAAUUUGCCCCCUGGUCAGAAGGCUGCUGUUACUUUGAGCUAUGUUCAAGAACUAUCCUUGGAGGCAGAUGGGGCUGUUCGCUUUGUCCUACCAGCUGUCUUGAAUCCACGCUAUCUCUUACAAGAGUCAGCUGCGGCAGACAAUAUCACCUCUCAAAUCCCCCGGCUUCCUAGCAAGGAGCUGCCCUACACAUUUAGUGUCAGUGUCAAUGUCUGCUCUCCCCAUGGCAUUGAGAAAGUCCAGUCCAACUGUCCUCUGAGUCCUCUGCGGUAUCUGGAAGAUGACAAGACAGUUGCCCAGAUUUCCUUGGCUGAAGGGCAUAAGUUUGAUCGGGAUGUUGAGAUUCUGGUUUACUACAGAGAGGUGAACACACCCAGUGUUUCUGUGGAGCUGGGCCAGGCUGAUGCUAAACCAGGUUCCCUGAUGGGAGAUCCAGCCGUGAUGGUGAGUUUCUACCCUAGCAUCCCUGAGUCUCAGGAAGAGAGCACUGGUGAAUUUAUCUUCCUCAUGGACCGCUCAGGGAGCAUGUCCUGCCCAAUGCAUAGCCAAGGAGGUGUCCAGUCGCGCAUAGAUAGUGCAAAGGAAACUCUGGUCCUGCUGCUGAAGAGUUUACCCCUUGGCUGUUUUUUCAAUAUCUAUGGAUUUGGAUCAUCCUUUGACUCAUUCUUUCCAGAGAGUGUGGUAUACACACAGCAGUCUAUGGAAGAAGCCGUGCAGAGAGUAAAAACUCUUGCUGCUGACCUGGGAGGAACUGAAAUCUUAGAGCCACUGAAGGACAUUUAUAGAAAAUCCUGCAGGCCAGGCCACCCUCGGCAGCUCUUUGUGUUCACAGAUGGAGAAGUAUGUGAUACAUGGCAGGUCAUUGCUGAAGUUCAGCGCAACAACCAGAAUCACAGAUGUUUCUCUUUUGGAAUUGGAGAAGGGGCUUCCACCAGCCUUAUUAAAGGCAUUGCUCGGGCAGCUGGAGGUACUGCAGAAUUCAUCACAGGCAAGGACAGAAUGCAGCCCAAGGCCCUUCGGUCUCUAAAGCGGGCCCUGCAGCCAGUGGUCCAGGAUGUCUCCCUCACUUGGACUCUCCCCCCUGGGCUGGAGACUACAUUACUCUCUCCAGAUCCUGCUGUCAUCUUCCAGGGUCAGAGGUUAAUUGUCUAUGCCCAGUUGAAAGGCACAAAUGCAUCCAAAGAGGCAGCAGGUGAGGUAUGUCUUCAAUACAAGAUCCAAAGUGAUGGCUUCAGGAACACAGUGCCAUUCUCCCUGAAUCUCAAAGCAGAUGACAAACUUACCAUUCACCGUUUGGCUGCCAAGUCCAUGAUCCAGACCUUUGAAGGAAAUUUAGAGGAUGCUGCAAAAGACAAGAAAAAAGUGGUGGAUAUCAGCCUUCAGUCAGGAGUUGUCUCCUCUCACACAGCUUAUAUUGCUAUCAAUAAGGAGCUCAAUCAACCUAUUCAAGGGCCCCUGACUCAGAGGGACAUCCCAUUAGGAGUUCCUUAUAGUGGGUGUUCACUCUUCCAAUGUGUAGCUGCGUCAGAAGCAUAUUUUUGUCCUAUGCCUUUAUCUGGUACAUCUUCCUUAGAAUUCUGUUCUAGUGGAUUUGCGUUUCAUGAUUGUGAAGAUCACGGUCUCUGUGAAGUUGAUUCUUCCACAGAGAUGUCUUCCAUAGAGGCAUGCUCUACAGAGUCCCCACUUCUGCAGCUGAUUUCCCUGCAAAAGGCAGAUGGCUCCUGGGAACUGGAUGAAGCUCUGGCCUCAGUCCUGGAUGUGAGUGUUCAGAGUGCACUGGCUGCUUUGCCUGAUCAGAAUAAAGAUGUUCCAACCUGGGCAACUAUCUUGGCUGUGCUGUGGAUGCACAAUUUCAGUCAGGACCAAAGAGAAGAAUGGGAACUUCUGGAAAGGAAAGCUGUGGCAUGGAUCCGGGCUCGAUCUGAUUCUUCCCUGGGUGAAUACGUCAAAGCUGCCAAUGCUCUCCUGAAAUCAUCUGUGGAUCCUGCUGUCUUUGGUCUGUGAGAGCAGAAAUGAAAAUGUUUGUCUUUGGCUGCUGAUCCUUAUCCUCUAUGCUGCUAAAAUCUUUCACUGUAUGUGCCUUUCUGAUUCAUUGCCCAUAGAAACUGGUCAAUCAGAUUCUAUUUGGUUCAAUUCAAGUACUUAUUAAAGGCCCUGUUGUGAGUUGGGUAUGUGCUAGGAGCUAAUGCUGUGAAGUCACAAGUAAUAACCUUCUCAUACAAGCACCAUGCAUUCUACUGGGGAAAGCAGCAACUAUACACAUUAGUAUAUUCAAAAGUAUAUGUGAAAUUAAUAAAAUACUAUUUUUUUUGGGGGGGGGAGGAGAACUAGGAAGAAGCAAACAACUAGGGGAAUCAAGAAAGGCCUCUUUCAGUUCUACUAACACUUUAAACCAAAUUAUUCUUUGUUUUUAACUGACAAUUACUCUAGCUUUUCCCCUUGCCCUUUUUAGAUUAUCCCAAAGCAUAUUAAAUAAAGAGAGUUUCCCCCCAUUUUAAUCUAUGUGUAGGUAGAGACAUUAAUUUUGAAGAGAGAAUGAAAAUUUAUGUGAAGAUAGGACAUACUUCUACAAUGACAUGUGUUAUUGUAUAGCAGAACUAGAAUUAUUUGUAUUAGAUGACUUUAAAAAUUCUUCUAAUGCUUUAUCUUCCACAUUCCCUGGGUAAAUCUUGGUGAGCAGAUAAAGACCCCAAACAUAGGGCCCUUGAGGGUGAAGGCAGGCAUUAGGUUUCUCCUUACUCAGUGCCUGGGAAUGGAAUUGGAAAGAGAUACCCAAACUGCACUGGAUCAGCCUGAUUCUGUCUGUAUAGCCUUUAAAUCCUCUAUAUCUACAAGCACUGAUGAGCGCCCCAUGUCACCCAUGUAAGCUAUUGGAGACAGAGAUUUCUCUGUGUAUGUAUGUGCAUUUCUAUGGACUAUUGCCCCUUUGUUUCCUUGCCUUGUUCUUUGCUGAACAGCAAUAAAGGUAAAUCUGGGAUAGAAAUAAACAGCUUCCUCUGUGAUAUGAAGGAAAAUGUGUUUGCAUGUUGGCCCUUAUAUCCCUACUUGCCUUGCUAUGAGUACUUGAGUUUUUCAGUAAAUAUUAUUUUCUGCAAAUAUUCUAAAACAAGAAUAAAAUGAGUUGCCUAUUAUUGAU